AAAACCCAGACGUCAUCGAUUCAACAUGGCGCGGGAAACCCAAAAAGGGACGGAGAUGGAGAUGGAAGUUGGAGAAGUGAACGAAGAGUACGAGGCACAGUUCUUCGGCUUCACCCCGCAGACCUGCAUGUUGCGGGUUUACAGCGCCUUCCACGACUGCCUGUGCGACAUAUUACCCGUCGUGGAGAAGGUGUGUGUGAGGCAGCUCAGAAAAGAGUCCCCCGGGCCCGACGAGCAGCUCCAGGCCCGGGAGUGUAGCCGCCGGCUGCAGCAGUUCCUGGAGGACCGGUUCAAGCAGCUGUCGCAGCGGAUGGACUCGCUGCUGGUGAAGCGGUGCCUCUCCGUGCCGCCCAAUGUGCUGCUGCCCGAGGACCAUUCACACAAGAACUACCCCCAACACAUACAGGAGGUGCUGAAGCUGGAUUCGUCCCUCGCUGACCUCCAGAGGGCGUACGAGGCGGAGGUGUGUGCCCGGCAGGCGCUGCAGGCGGAGCUGGACAAGCAGGCCGAGGUGCAGAAGCAGCUGGACGGGAUCUUGACGUGGGUCAGAGAGCUGCAGGCGGCUUGGGUGAAGGAAGGUAAUGGAAGCUUCCAUGAAAGUUUCCGCGUGGUGAUGGAGUCGCUAAAGAAGCUGCAGGAGGCCGUCAGGGAGGUCUGCCACAAGGCGCCUCAUUGAACUGACCUACUGAACCUAUGUUUAUUUCCCACCAUGAUAUCUGCCAGUCUUUAGUCCUCCUGAUUUCUGUUGUCUACAUUUUCUACUCUCAUUUACACUGUCUCUAAACCAUAGGCUGUAUAUGCUCUAAACUCCACUCAGAUUUCCCUCAAACACCUUUCAUUUCUUUAACUUUAUUUGUAACUCGGUGUUGUUGUCUUUGUUUAUUAUCAUUAUACUUGAUUGCAUUAAGGUGUAUAUUGUGUCCAUCCUGCCCAGCAGAGGGCGCUCUCUGCUUGUUAACAUCACUCCAGUCUAAUCCAGCUGCCCAUAAAGUGAAGAGCUAAUUGAAUCCUUAAAUAAACAGUAUAUGGGUGAACAUCAUACAUUUGCAAAUGAGCUUAAGUAGCAUUGUAUGAACCUCCAAGAAUCAUUUUGUUGAUGGAGACACUGGAGGAACAUUAAGUCCAUUUAUAAAUCUGACGGAUUGGUUUCCAAUACUAGCUCUUUACUUUAAUUUAGUCUCACUGAGGAUUUGAGUUCCUAUCAUUUAGAAUUCAAUUAAAAUGAGUUUAUUGCACACACUGGGACCACACUUUGUGAAAAAUGUAUAUGGGGUUUGUUAUGAAAUUUAGAAUGUACUAUAUAUUCACAAUGCAGAGAUAGGAUGGGAAACAAUAAUAGUUUUGAUAUGCAUCAUCUUAUAAUUUGUAAAAAAUAAAUAUUUGCUAUCAGUUUUUCUUUUCUGUUUUAUAAAAUUAUUCCCCAUUAAUGUGACACCUUUGUCUAAUAUUAAACCCAAAGUUAACAAUAGACACCUGGAGAGAAAACACAACAGAAAUGCCAGAAUGAUACUAAAACGCAGUGACAUUGUAACCUUUUGUAAAAGCCUAUUUGCAAUUGACUGGUUUAAAGAGAUUUAUAAAUGACAACACAUUGUGUAAAAUAAAGAGAUACAUUUC